UAUCAUCAUCAAUACCAUAGCUACUACGAAUGGUCAUAACUUUUUUGUCCAAAAGCCAAACCAAUUUUCUUUUUGAUUUUUUUCUUUCUUUUUAAAUUUUCUUUCGUAACUUUCCUUUUUAGAAUUCCCCACCACUAAACCUGCCAACUAUAAUAUUUCUACAAUUUUCUCUGUAUCCAAACACAGUCCUUAAUAGUCAUAGAAACCCACGCCUUUGGGACCCUUUCACUUUCUUUCCCUCCAUCACCGCCGCUUCUUCUCCAAUUUUUCUCUCCCACCAUUUUCGUGAUGAUCAGAACUCAAUAAUGUCCGACCCCAACUCUUAAGAUAAUCAUAAACCCUUUCAAAAGAAAAUAAAAAUCUCACCUUUAUUUUUCUGGGUAAAUUUUUUUGAUUGAAAAGAGUGAAAGAAAAAGUUGAGAAUUAUGAGAAAACCCCAUCUGGGUUUCUGGGAUUCUGUCGUUUUGAGUCUUUUUUAUGUCGUUUUGUUCUUCUCUUUUGGAGUUGAGUCUCAGUCCAAUGUCGACGGAAAAGCCAUGGAAGCUCUUAAGAAGAGUAUAGGUAAGAACAGUCUUGCUUGGGGUGACUCUGAUUACUGUAAAUGGGAAAAGGUUUCUUGUUCAAACGCUGGUCGAGUUCAGAAGAUCCAACUCGGGAAUCAGAACUUGGGUGGAACUCUCCCGCCGGAACUUUCUCAGUUGACGGAGUUACAGCAUUUUGAGGUCCAAACUAACCAACUUACCGGUGAGUUUCCGAACUUUUCUGGGUUGGGUUCGUUACAGAUUUUACUUGCUCAUAACAACAAUUUCAGUUCCAUUCCCGAAGAUUUCUUCAACGGCUUAACCUCUCUUGAUACUAUAAACAUCGAUUACAUACCCUUUUCACCAUGGUCGAUUCCAGAGGGUAUUCAAAACGCUUCUUUGCUUAGAGAUUUCUCUGCCAACAGUGCUAAUAUCGUUGGAAAGAUUCCACCUUUCUUUGGUGGAACCACUUUUCCUGGCUUGACUAAUCUCCGUUUGGCUUUUAACAAUCUUGAAGGAGAAUUACCCAAGAGUUUCUCAGGUUCGAGUAUUCAGUCACUUUGGUUGAAUGGGCAAAUGAGUACUAAUAAGCUUAAUGGAACUAUUGAUGUUUUACAAGGCAUGGCUAAUUUAAACGAUGUUUGGCUUCAUGGGAAUCAUUUCACUGGUCCUAUACCAGACCUUUCUAAUUUGACACAGUUAACAGCUUUGAGUUUGAGAGAUAAUCAAUUUACAGGUAUUGUUCCUUUGACUUUGAUAAAUCAUAAGAGCCUUAAAGUUGUUAACUUUACAAAUAAUUUGCUUCAAGGACCAACUCCUAAGUUUCCUAGUGGGGUUACUGUUGAUUUGAGAGCUGGGAGUAAUAGUUUCUGUACUGAUGUUCCUGGUGGUUCUUGUGAUCCUCAAGUUAAUACUAUCCUCUCAAUCUUGGAACCAUUUGGUUACCCUGCAAUUUUUGCUCAGAGUUGGACUGGUAAUGAUCCUUGUCAUAAUUGGAAAGGGGUUACAUGUGUGGAAGGAAAUAUUACUGUUGUUAAUUUUCAUAAUAUGGGUCUUACUGGUACAAUUUCACCAGACUUUUCUAAGCUUGUAUCUUUGAAAAAACUUAUACUGUCAGAUAAUCAUUUGGGUGGUACUAUACCAAAUGAGUUGACUACUCUUUCCAAUCUUGAACAAUUGGAUUUGUCUAAUAAUCAACUUUUUGGUAAAGUACCAAGCUUUAAACAAAAUGUGAUUCUGAGCAUUAAUGGGAAUCCUGAUAUUGGGAAGGAUCAAAGCAGUGUCCCUCCUUCUGGGAAAACUCCAGGUGGUUCAUCUGAAUCGCCAGAUGGGUCUGGAGGGAAUGGCGGUUCGGGAAGUGGUGGUAAGAAAUCCAAUACUGGGGUGGUUGUUGGAGCUGUAGUUGGAGGUGUUGGUGGGUUGGCUGUUGUUGGGGCUGUGGCGUUUUGUUUAGUGUCUAGAAAGCCUAAGCAUUCUGGUAGAGUACAAAGCCCGAACACAUUAGUAUUACAUCCCCGACACUCUGGAGAUGAUGACACUGUUAAGAUUGCUGUUACAAACGCCGGGGCUAAUGGCAGUGGGAGCCAAAUCUAUAGUCCGUCGAGCAGUGGAUGCCAUGAUGUUCAUAUUGUUGAGACUGGAAGUAUGAUCAUUUCAAUUCAAGUCUUGAGAAAUGUGACCAACAAUUUCAGUGAAGAUAAUAGACUUGGACAGGGUGGAUUUGGAACUGUUUACAAGGGAGAAUUACACGACGGGACAAAGAUCGCAGUGAAGAGGAUGAACCCUGGUGUAGUGGCUGAUAAAGGUUUGACUGAGUUUAAGUCUGAAAUUGCUGUUCUUACUAAGGUUCGACAUCGCCAUUUGGUUGCUCUUCUCGGUUAUUGUUUGGAUGGAAAUGAGAGGCUUCUUGUUUAUGAAUACAUGCCUCAAGGAACUCUUAGUAGGUACAUUUUCAAUCGCGAGGAGGAAGAUUUGAAACCGCUCGAUUGGAAGAGAAGACUAACCAUUGCCUUGGAUGUGGCCAGAGGUGUUGAGUAUCUACAUGGUUUAGCCCACCAGAGUUUUAUUCACAGAGAUCUUAAACCGUCCAACAUUCUUCUUGGAGAUGAUCUUCGGGCGAAAGUUGCAGACUUUGGACUUGUUCGUCUAGCCCCAGAAGGAAAAGCAUCAUUCGAGACAAGACUUGCUGGAACUUUUGGUUACCUUGCUCCUGAAUAUGCUGUGACUGGAAAGAUUACUACAAAGGUGGACGUAUAUAGCUUUGGAGUGAUCCUAAUGGAGCUAAUCACGGGACGAAGAGCGAUCGAUGAAAGCCAACCCGAAGAAAGCCUGCAUCUUGUCACUUGGUUCCGCAGAAUGCAUAUGAACAAGGAUAUGUUUCAGAAGCUCAUCGACCCUGCAAUAGAUCAGCAAGACGAAAUUGUUGAUAGUGUUAGAACCGUUGCAGAGCUAGCCAUCCACUGCACCGCAAGAGAGCCUUACCAGAGGCCUGAUAUGGGCCAUGCCGUGAAUGUGCUUUCAUCUCUCGUUGAGCUCUGGAAACCAUCAGAACAAGAAGAAUUCGACGAUGGAUUUGGCAUCAACUACGAUAUGCCAUUACCACAAGUGCUCAAGAAAUGGCAAGCGUUCGAGGAAAACAGCACCAACGACUACUCAUCUUCGUCGCUUUUCUCCAGUGGUGACAACACACAGACCAGCAUACCUAACAGGCCACCCGGGUUUGCAGAUUCCUUUGCAUCACAAGAUGCACGGUGAAAGCUUUAGGAAGAAAGAAACGAUUGGAUCUUCCAAAAUCUUCAAAGUUAGCUUCUUUUUCUUUCUUUGUGUUUUGUGUUGUUGUUGUUAACUUUGGCCUUACUUGUCUAUUCAUUUUGCAAGGCUUGUGCUUGUUUUUCUAUUAUUAUUACUUAGUUGAAGUAAAUUUAGUUGUGAGUUUUUUCUGGUAAUUUAGAAGUGGUGAAGUUAGAAAAAGACAUUGAUGAGUAAAAACAAAGAUGUGUCUUUUCAACUCUUAAUCCUUGUGGAGCUUGGAUAAGGAUUAAGUCAAGUCUUCUGUGUGUAUCUAUUUUCCCAAGCUUUUGGAACAAAAUCUAUCUUUUUGCAACAGCUUCUUAAAA